AGUACAACUCCACACGUUAUUCGCUACGGUUCGAUUGAAUAUACAUGAAAAAAAAAAAAAUAAAAAUCUUUCUCUCUCUCUCGAUACCAACAUUCAAAAAAAUACGUACAAUCUCCAUCUAAUUCAAAUAUUACUAGGAAAAAAAAGACAUAUAUACACUAAUAUAAAAACGAACUUUUCCGAAGUAUUGCGGAAAAUAUCGAGUGUCUGUUGAGCGGCGCAUUUGUAACCCAAAGAUCGAGACUUGGACUGAAUGAAGACUAAAAAUUUUCAGUUCAGUUCUCGAUGGUCCAACGACCUGUUCUCUCUAAAUAAAUAUCAAACGAAAAUUUAGACAUGACAGAUGUGAAAAAAAACUUAUAAUGUAUUAGAAAAUAUUCGCUAGAAAUAAAAGUGCUAAAUUUUUUUUUUACAAUUAUUGUUCAAACAAAAGUUUUUUUUAAUUUUAAAUCUUUAAAAAUUUUUUUAUUAUAAUUAUUUGUGAAUUUGUGACUUUGUGAAUUUUGUGAAAGUUUAAAGUUAUAUUUUUAAAAAAUGUCUAUAAGAAGAUCCAAGAAGAGGAUACGUUGGGAUUUCGUUGACGCCCUACUUUGUCGGAUAUUUUACCAAAUUGGAUUAUGGGUCGGUAAACGACCAGGAUAUUUUAUCAUCGUCCCAGCAUUGUUGGCUUUAACAUGCAUGACUGGCUAUCAAAAAUUGGAAUAUGAAAAUGAUCCUGAGUAUUUAUUUUCUCCCAUUGAUGGACCAAGUAAAUACGAACGAGCUGUUGUCGAAGAACAUUUCAAAGUAAAUUACAGCAGCUAUUUCAGUAUUGAACGAAUCACACGACCUGGAAGAUUUGGACACAUCAUUAUUGUAUCAAAAGAUCAAGAUGAAAAUAUUUUAAGGGGCGAAGUAUUUAGAGAAAUAAAAAUACUUGAUGACAUGAUUACGAAUGCAACAUUUGAAUAUGAUAGUCAAUCAUUUACAUUCAAAGAUAUUUGUGCUCGUUGGGAAAAUAAAUGUUCAUCAAAUAAAAUUCUUGACCUUGAUGAAAUUUUAAACAAACCAGAUAUAUACGGUAUAGAGUCAAUAAACUUUCCAGUCAUGUUUAGUCCAAUUGACUUUAAGCCAAUAAUAUUUCCAGUUCAUUUUGGUGGUACUGAAGUAUAUGAAAAUUCAACAAUUGAAUCAGUACCAGCUGUUCAACUUGCUUAUUUUAUUGCUGUUGAUACAGAACGUCAAAAAACAUUGGGUUCAAUUUGGGAAGAUAAAUUUCUUGAAUUAAUAUCUAAAGUAGAAAAAGAAAAUACUUUUAAACACAUAAGUAUUGCUCGAUAUGCAUCAAAAUCACUUGAACUUGAACUUGAAGAAAAUACACAAACAAUUAAACCAUAUUAUGUUAGUACAUUUUUAUUAAUGGGAGUAUUUUCAAUAAUCACAUGUAUGAUGACUGAUUCAGUUAAAAGUAAACCAUAUCUUGGUCUUAUUGGUAAUAUAUCUGCUUCAACAGCAACAGUAUCAGCAUUUGGACUUUGUAUGUAUUGUGGAGUCAAAUUUAUUGGACUCAAUUUGGCUGCACCUUUUCUCAUGAUAAGUAUUGGCAUUGAUGAUACCUUUGUCAUGUUGGCUGCUUGGCGUAAGACAAAUGUAAUGAAUCCAGUACCAAUAAGAAUGGCUGAAACCCUCAGAGAAGCUGCAGUGUCAAUAUCAAUAACAUCACUUACAGAUAUGAUAUCUCUUUUUACUGGUAUAAUAUCACCUUUCCCAUCUGUACAAAUAUUCUGCAUAUACUCAGGUUUUGCAGUUGUCUUCACAUUUAUUUUUCACAUUACUUUCUUCAGUGGUUUUCUAGCACUCAGUGGAUAUUGUGAAGAAAAAAAUCUUCAUAGUAUCACUUUUUGCAAAGUUGAACCACUUUCCAAAUCAACUCAUCGAUCAUUUCUUUAUCGGUGGUUUUGUGCUGGUGGUACUGAUCGUGAAAACCCUGAAAAUCCAAUUGACAAUCCUAACAACACAUGCAUGAGUUGGUUUCGUGAUACACUUGGAGAUUUUCUCAAUAAUUCAUUUGUCAAAACUUUGGUAUUAGUUAUAUUUUCAUUAUACUUAAGUGGUGCAAUUUAUGGAUUUGGACAACUCAAAGAAGGUCUUGAUCGUCGCAAGUUAUCAAAAGCUGAUUCAUACACAAUUGAAUUUUAUGAUCGUGAAGACAAAUAUUUUCACGAGUAUCCCUACAGAAUACAGGUUGUAGUAUCUGGACAAUACGAUUACAGUGAUCCAGCAGUGCAAGAUAAAGUAGAAAAUUUAUUAGUGAAUUUAGAAAAUACACAAUGGAUUGCUCGUGAUCAAAUUUACAGCACUAGUUGGUUACGUUCAUUUACGAGUCAAGAUGGAUAUGUAGCAUAUGAUAAUGAAGAAGAUUUUAUAAAUGGUGUAAAAUCUCAUUAUAAUCAAACAGUUAUUGAUCAUCCAUUAUCAUUAGAUAUACAUUAUGAUGAAAGUGGUAAACAUAUUAUUGGCUCAAGAUAUUUAAUUCAAGCAAGAAAUGUAACUGGUACUGUUCAAGAAACAGCAAUGCUCAAUGAAUUACGUCAAAUAUGUAAAAAUUCUGGAUUAAAUGCAACUGUAUUUCAUCCUUAUUUUAUAUUUUUCGAUCAAUUUGAUUUGGUAUUACCAACAAGCUAUCAAAAUAUGAUUUGGGGUGCAGUUACAAUGAUGGGUGUAUCAUUUUUUUUUAUACCAAAUUUAUUGUGCAGUUUUUGGGUUGCAUUUUGUAUUAUAUCAAUUGAACUUGGUGUUGUUGGUUAUAUGGCAUUAUGGAAUGUUAACUUGGACAGUAUAUCAAUGAUUAAUUUAGUAAUGUGUCUCGGUUUUAGUGUUGAUUUUACAGCUCAUAUAUGUUAUGCAUAUAUGAGUUGUAAAAAAAAAAGACCAGAUGAAAAACUUAAAGAAGCAUUAUACAGUCUUGGUCUACCAAUUGUACAAGGAGCAUUAUCAACAAUUUUUGGUCUUUUAGCUUUAUUACUUGCUGGUACAUAUAUAUUUCUUGUUUUCUUUAAAAUGGUAUUUCUUGUUAUUACUAUUGGUGCAAUACAUGGAUUAAUAGUAUUACCAGUAUUAUUAACAAUAUUUGGACCAGGUUCAUGUACAAACCAUGAUAAAGUUGAAGAAAAAAAAGCUAAAAAAGAUAUUGAAGAUAGUAUAUACUAUGAUUAUGUUCAUAAAUUACCAAAAUAUGAGAUACCACAUCCAAAAUUAUUGAGUUAUCAAAAUUUUAAACUACAAGAAAGUCCAAUAACAAGUAUACAAGGUUUUGAUGAUAGUGAUUAUGGUAUUGGUACAGGUGAAAAUUCAUCUGAAAAUAGUUCACCUACAAAUGGAUCACCCAAAAGUUGCACAAGAAUAAAUCAAAUUGAAAAUGAAAAAAAUAAUAAAAAUAAUGAUGGAUGGAGACAAUCAAUAUCUGUUAUUCCACUUUCAGAAUUUUCUGUUCGUGAAAUACCACUUCCAGAUUAUCCAGUGACAGGAAUUUACAAUCAACCGAGAGCAUUGAGAAGUUCACAACAAUUAGGAUAUCCAGUUUAUCCAAUGACAAAUGGUAUUGCAAAUGAAACAAGAGAUUACAAACGUAGUAAAUCACAUAAUAAUUUAAAUUUUCCAACCGGAAGAUAUUCUCUAGAUUUAAAAUUUGCAUAAAAAUAGAUUUUUUUUUUAAUUUAUAUAUUUUAUACAUAUUGUAUAAAAUUAUUUAGAUUAUUCAUUUAUCGAUUAUUGCCAAAUAAUUUAUUAUUGACAUUAUUCAUAUCAUUUUCACAUCGACUUGAUAAGAUUUAGAAAAUUACUUUUAAAAUUUAAUCAAGUUUGACAAUAAUAAAUUAAUAGUUUAAUUGCUUUUUUGUUUUUUUAUUUUUUUUGCUAAAUUUUUUAAAUGAUUUGUAGUUUUUUUUUAUUUUAUUUUAUUAUACAAUCAAUGAUUAUUAAUAGUGUACAAAUAUAUUAUCAAACUUUUUUUUUUCUUUUUCUUCAUAUAUUAAUAGGAUAAUUGAUUGAUUAGAAUAAAUUAUAGAUAACGAAAAAAUGAAUAAAAUCAACGCAUGCAGAAUUCGUAUGUGAUUGUUUUAUGCUGUAAAAAUACAAUGCUCAAUAAGUUAAAAUCAAAAUGAAUGAUAUAUUUUUUGUAAAAUUAUUACUAGAAAAAUUUUUAAUUUUUUUUUAUUGUAAUUCGUUUUUUUGGAAUUUAUAUUUUACAAAAGACAAUGAUGUCCAUGUUCAUCAUUAGAAUUGUAUAUUUUUUUUUUUUAAUUAUUAAAUAGCUCAAUGUAAUUUUUUUUUAUUUAAAUUAAUGUAUUUUUAGUUACAAGUAUUUUUUUUCGUCUUUUUUUUUGUUUAUUUAUUACAUAACAUUUUGAUUUUUUCAUUAUCAAAUAAUUAUAUGAAAUAAUAAUAAUAUUUCAAUAAACUAAAAUAUAUUAAUUUUCUAUUACUGGCAUAGUAAAUUUUCAAAAUUUUUUUUUCUUACUUCAAAACAUGGUUGUAAUUAUACUUUGAGUUUUUUUUUUUUUUUUAGCAAAUAGUAAUAAGUGUAUUAAUUUUUGUAAAUAUCGCUGAUAAAAUAUAUGUAUAAUCUAAUUAAUUGUCAAAAUUUUAUUGAGUUAUUUUUUUGAAUAAAUAAAAGUAUACAUUA